UGUUGCUAAGGAGAAGAAGCCUCCAUCUCUUUUUACUCGAAAGCACUCAAUCAUUCCUUCUCCAGAAUUUGCGUUUCGAUCGAUCCCUGAGUUGAAGCCUUCAAGCAGGUGAAUUGAUCCAAAAUGUAUCUUCAGUUUUACAUUAAUGAGAAUGGCGAUAAAGUUUACACUACUAAGAAAGAAUCACCACUUGGAGUGAACACACAAUCUGCUCAUCCAGCUCGCUUCUCCCCUGAUGAUAAAUAUUCACGGCAAAGGGUUCUUUUGAAGAAGCGCUUUGGAUUGUUGCCCACCCAAAGUCCACCCCCAAAGUACUAAAUAUUUCACUGUCUUCUUGAUGUUGAUUCGGGGCUUACCUUUGCUUACAUGGAAGAAUGCGGAGAAGUAUUUUGGGUUUUGGUAGCUAUUCAUCUUAAUUGUUCACUAGCAGGAUGGCAACUGAUGCCGGAUCACUGAAUUGGACGGAAAAUGAGAUGUCUUGAAUGCAUCUUUUUAGACCCUAGAAUGUUUUGUUGCAUUUGUACACUUUCUUAUUUUUCAUUUUUGUCUUGCAUGAAAGCAUUCUGAUUUUUUCUUGUGUGUUUUUAAGAUGUCUCGUUUUGCUUAUAA